CAGGCGAAAACGACCGUAGAGGAUCCAUAUCAUCUACCGCUAUCCGUUGGACACUGGGCAACGCAGGCACAACCCACACCAAUCGUCCAUGGCAACUCUUCUCUCCCUCUCAACAACACUCCCUCCCUCCCCAUUCAAGGGAAAUGUGACGAAUUUGAAGCCAAGCCCAUGUCAGUUUCAACCACUCAAGCUCCACCUCGGAAGGGGCAGCGAAAGAAGGCCCUUAAUCGUGCUCAAUGCUGCCAUGUCACCUGUCGUUGGGGCUGAACCGUCCGGCGUCCGGUUCCGGCUGGACAAUCUGGGUCCGCAGCCGGGGUCGAGGAAGAAGGCGAAGAGAAAAGGGAGGGGCAUAGCUGCGGGACAAGGGAACAGCUGCGGGUUCGGUAUGAGGGGCCAGAAGUCGAGGUCCGGGCCCGGGGUGAGGAGGGGGUUUGAGGGCGGCCAAAUGCCGCUUUAUCGGAGAAUACCCAAGUUGAAAGGGAUUGCGGGAGGUAUGCAUGCUGGUUUACCUAAAUAUGUCCCGGUUAACUUGAAGGACAUAGAAGCUGCUGGAUUUCAAGCAGGUGAAGAGGUGUCUCUUGAGACAUUGAAGAAGAAGGGUUUGAUUAACCCAUCGGGAAGAGAAAGGAGACUCCCUCUAAAGGUUCUAGGUGAUGGGGAACUAAAAGUGAAGCUGAACAUAAAGGCUCGUGCCUUUUCAGCAUCAGCAAAGGAGAAACUUGAGGCUGCUGGCUGUUCCCUCACUGUACUUCCUGGCCGAAAGAAGUGGGUAAAGCCAUCAGUUGCAAAGAAUAUUGCACGUGCCGAUGAAUACUUUGCCAAGAAAAGAGCUGCUGCUGCUGCUGCAGCAUCAUCUGAACCAGCUUCUGCUUGAACCACCGAUGGCCUGAAACAUGUAAUGGUAAGUUGUGAGAGCACCAUUUGUUUUUAAUGGCUUGUGACUCCACCUUCUUACAGGAAGAGGAGUAAGUAUUUGAGGCAAAACUCAUGACGUGAGAUUAAGCACACAUUCUUUGUAAUAAGGUGCAAGGGUUCUAAUUGCUAUUUUGCAACAAUCAUAAAGUAGACGUUGAAUAUUUUAUGGAACAAAAAGAAGCAUUCAAUAAUAUUUUAUCCUUUGUUU